GCCACACAGUUCUGGGACCAAACACGACGACUGUUACGUAAACCAUAAUUUGGUGUGUGUUCCUUCCUUAGGCGGCAGAUUUUCCAGGUGGAGUCCGGGUGUGGUCGUACUGAAAGAUGACUGGAGGACCUAUUGCAGCUGUCAGGGUUCUGCCAACAGCCAAAGAGGAAAUGGGAGGUUUUUCCAUGUACAGUGCUUGAUAAGGAUAAAAGAAUGAGAAAAGAAGAAAUGCACAAACGGAGACAGUUUCAUGAAGAGGCUGCUCACCAGACUCAUCAGAAGUAUGUGGAAUGUUGACUCGCUUUCCAGAAACAGCAUUGAAGAGAAUCUUUGGUUGAUUGGCAUGGUGAGACAGUGAUUCGCUGAACAGGAGCUCUCUCUCCUGCUGUUGGCUGGACUGUACACGUCAGCGUUCGAACGGCUCCACUAACAGCGUGUUUUAACAGCGCCACCGUCCUCUUCCUGGUGUUGACACAUUCGACUGCACCUAGUUUUGGGGUGCUGAAAAGCAGAUGACAGUGUCUGUGGGGGGAAGAGCAGCCGUCACGGGGGAUACACGUCAGGUCACACGACGUGGGCAGACAGGUUGUGACAGGAUACUGUUGAUACUGAGACAGGAUUAUACCGAGGAGACGAUGUUUCGGACUAGUUCGCGACGAAGACAUGCGUUGUGAGGUAAAGGAGAAGCCGUUUCCACCGUCUUCGUUCCGCUCACGGCUCUUGUUGUAACGUUUAAAAAAAUGAGGUUUCGGGUUGUCAAGAGGAACUUAAUAGCGCUGCUGGUCGUUUCCUGUGUUGUCGUGACUCUCUUGUUUUCCACGCGUGCUUUAUUAGUUUCGGAUAAUGAAACAAGUGGAGCCGGCGACGUGGUUCAGGGGAGGCAGGCGGCGCACACGGACGAAACGGUGAGGUUUAACUUCGCCUCUUUGCCGGAGUUAACGCGUUCGGUUUUCAACGCCAACUACAAGCAGUGUGUGCUCAACGCAGACAAGUUUCCAGUGGAGCCACAGCUGGUGGUGGUUGUGCAGGUCCAUAAUAGGCCUGAAUACCUGAAGCUGCUCAUCAGAUCCUUGCAGAACGCUGCAGAGGUCCACAGCUUCCUGCUCAUCUUCAGCCAUGACUAUUUCACAGAGGAGAUUAAUGCCAUAGUUCAAGGGAUAACUUUCUGCAAAGUACUUCAGAUCUACUUCCCCUUCAGCACUCAACUCUACCCCCACGAGUUUCCGGGCCAGGAUCCCCGUGACUGUCCCCGGGACAUAUCCAAGGACGAGGCUGUGAAAACAGGAUGCGUCAACGCUGAACACCCAGACUCCUACGGUCACUACAGGGAAGCCUUCAUCACGCAAACCAAACACCACUGGUGGUGGAAGUUACACUUCGUGUUUGAGCGAGUGCACGCCAUGCAGGGCUACGGCGGAUUUGUGAUAUUCCUGGAGGAGGACAAUUAUAUCCUUCCUGACUUUUUCCAUCUCUAUAAAUCAAUGGUGGGGUACCUCAAGCGCAACUGCCCUGACUGUGACCUGCUGGCUCUGGGUAACCACAACAGCCUGACAGAUUUUAACAAGCUGUCCAACAAGGUGUUGACCUCUGGUUGGCUGUCCACCAAACACAACAUAGGCAUGGCCAUCUCCAAGGAGGUCUACUACAGAUUGAUGGGCUGCAACAGGGAGUUUUGUACGUACGAUGACUACAACUGGGACUGGACUCUUCAGCGUCUUUCGGGCACUUGCAUUCCAAGCCCACUUAAGGUCCUUGUAGCGCAAGGUUCCAGGGUUCUUCACACGGGGGACUGUGGUCUUCACCAUAAGGACGACUGUAAGCCAGAGUGGGCUCUGCAGAAAGUUACGGAUAGUCUUCAAAGAAUUAAGGACAGCCUCUACCCUCAGACCCUCGCCUUUGCUGGGGUAGAAGCAGUGGAGCACAAGGAACACAUGAUGAAUGGAGGAUGGGGAGACAUUCGAGAUCAUAGUUUAUGCAUGAGCUAUGGCAAACAGCUUUAACUGAAAAAAAAAAAAAAACAAGUAUUUGUUUU